AUGGCCUCAAUCAGGCAUCCCGCUAGUGGUUUGCCAAGUUCUCCUCGGCCCUUAUUGAUGCUGGCUUUACCCAAUCUAAAGCGGAUUAUUCCUUGUUCACUUAGAAAUCGUCAUGAUGGCUUUGUGAUCAUUUUGGUUUAUAUUGAUGAUAUCAUUGUUACGGGCACUAAUUCACAUGCCAUACAGUCUCUCAAAUCCUUCUUACAUCUCCACUUCCACCUGAAAGAUCUUGGCCCUCUCAAAUAUUUCCUUGGUCUUGAAGUGGCACGGUCUAAACAGGGUUUAUGUAUCUCCCAACACAAAUAUACCCUUGAGAUCAUUGAAGAAAUGGGCCUCCUUGGUGCCCGACCUGUUCACCUCCCUAUGGAGCAAAAUCUCAAACUACGUCAUGAUCAUGACAUACUCCUUUCUGAUCCCACCAUGUAUCGUCGUUUUGUGGGUCGUCUCAUUUAUCUGACUCUAACUAGACCCGACAUCAUUUAUGUUGUUCAUAUCCUUAGUUGCCACUCUACCACUGGAUAUUGUGUUUUUCUUAGUCAUUCUCUUAUAUAUUGGAAAACCAAAAAGCAACAUACCAUUAGUCAGUCUUCCGCUGAGGCUGAAUACCAAGCUAUGGCUACUGCCAGCUGUGAGAUCACAUGGUUACGCUCCCUGCGGUGUGACUUAAGAGUUCCUCAAGCACCACCUAUCAUUCUCUAUUGCGACAAUCAAGCUGCAUUAUAUAUUGCUGUCAAUCCUGUGUUUCAUGAAUGGACAAAACACAUAGAGAUUGAUUGUCACAACAUUCGAGAAAAGAUCCAAAAUGGAGUUCUUCGGACCUCCUACAUUUCAACAGCACGGCAGCUUGUUGAUGUAUUCACUAAAGUUCUUGGCCGAAACUAA